UGCCACAGCACCAAGCAUGGAGGAGACAGAUUUAUUUCCAUUGCUGAGUGCAGCACCUCUCCUCUUGGGCUCAGAGUGGUUCUGGUUUUACACUUGGGUGGUGGGGAGAAGGGAAUAAAGUGAGUCCUGAAGGUGGACCGUUGACAUGGAUGCCCUCGCGCUCGAGGCCGCCAUUGGUAAAAAGCCAGCUAACGGUGCAGCGGCUGCACCUGUACUGGCCCCAGCACCGGUCAAACGCAAACCUGCUAAAAAAGCUAAAAAGGCUGUUGUUUUCUUUGAGGUGGAGAUACUUGAUGCGAAGACCAAGGACAAGCUGUGCUUCCUGGACAAGGUGGAACCAAAUGCCACCAUUGGGGAGAUCAAGUCUAUGUUCCACAAGAGCCAUCCUCAGUGGUACCCAGCCAGACAGUCCAUUCGCCUCGACCCCAAGGGGAAAUCUCUAAAGGAUGAGGAUGUUCUACAGCAGCUUCCUGUGGGAACCACAGCAACGUUUUACUUCCGAGACCUGGGGGCUCAAAUCAGCUGGGUCACGGUCUUCCUGACAGAGUACACAGGGCCUCUUGUUAUUUACCUGAUGUUCUACUUCAGGGUUCCCUUCAUCUACGCUCCCAAAUAUGAUUUUACCACCAGUAAACACUGGGUAGUACAUCUGGCCUGCAUGUGUCACUCUUUCCACUUCGUCAAGAGGCUGCUGGAGACACUGUUUGUCCAUCGCUUCUCUCAUGGUACCAUGCCACUGCGCAACAUCUUCAAGAAUUGUACAUACUACUGGGGCUUUGCAGCAUGGAUGGCCUAUUACAUCAAUCACCCGCUAUAUACACCACCAAUUUAUGGUGAGCAACAGAUCAGACUGGCCCUUAUCUUAUUUCUGUUCUGUCAAAUUGGAAACUUUUCCAUCCACAUCGCGCUCCGCAACCUCCGUCCGCCAGGCUCCAAGACCAGGAAGAUACCCUAUCCAACAAAGAAUCCCUUUACCUGGAUCUUCCUGCUGGUCUCUUGCCCCAACUACACUUACGAGUUGGGCUCUUGGCUCGGCUUCACGCUGAUGACUCAGUGUCUGCCCGUGGCUUUCUUCACCUUGGUGGGUUUCAUUCAGAUGACCGUGUGGGCCAAAGGAAAGCAUCGCAGCUACCUGAAGGAAUUCCGUGAUUACCCCCCUCUCCGAUCGCCCAUCCUGCCAUUUGUCCUCUAGAAGACCACAUUCAUGGGCGCUCCUUCAUCCAAAUCAGCUUCCAUUGAUUGUAGCAACCUCCCUCUCUACCCAAACCUUAAAAGAGCAUCAACUCCCUUUGUUUCACUCCCAAUUCUACACUGGAACCCCACUGACUGAAAACAUGACUGCUGGCUUCCUUCCUAAACCAUUUUUUCCUUCAUCGCUAUGAUGCUAAAUGUUUAAUACAUCACUGGCUUUAAUUUUUUUCUUUAUUUAACAUGCUAAACAAACCAUGCAAUUAUGCCUGGCUAUUUGAAUUAUUUUGCAUCUCCAGAGAUGUUCUGACUUUCUAAUGAGCCCAUGUGCGCUGAAUGGCAUACAGUAUAGCAUUCAUACAGGUCGGAUUUUUGUUUUGAUGUUCAGAAAUUUAUAAAUUGCUGUUCACAUCCAUUCAUCUGAAAAGGUAAUUUAUUAAUUAAAAGGAACCAAACCUAUGGCAGUUUUUUUAGUCUGUCUGGAAUGUUAGUGCUAGAAAACAUUUGACAGAAUGACUUAAGCAUGUCCCUGUCAUGAAACAAAAGAGCAAAGCUUCAUGAUUUUUUGCUACAGUGUAUUAGGGCAGGGCUGAAGAGAGAGAGAGAGAGAGAGAGAGAGAGAAAUACUAAUUAUGGGAUUAAAGUUGGAAUUUUACAAGAAUGAAGUCGGAAUUUUACAGGAAUAGACAUAGUAUGCAAACAGAGGUGUAACAUGAGUAUAAGAGCACGUUAAGUGCAAUUGUUUCGCAAGAUUUUGGCACAUCAGCAGCAUCAACAGUCGGAGAAGUUUAACAUGACUGAACAAAACAGUCACCAACAUCACAUGGUGGAAGCACAAAGACUUGUUUCAGUCUUGCUCCUUACACACAACACUGUACCUGUGGACUGUCUCCUCUCUCUGAGUGUGAAUGGGUGUGAGUGAACUAGUUCCCUUGUAUUGAUUGGAGGUAUGAUGCUACCACCACCAUGCUUCACUGUAGGUAUGGUGUUAUUGAUUAAGAAAAUUUGUUUCAUAUAUAUCAAAUAUUAGUUUUACAUAACCUUUAUGUAUUUUAUGGUUCCAUAGCUCUUAGCACAGUACUUUGUGUGUCAUUGAUUGUUUUCACUACACACUGUUUUUAUCUUCCGUUCUCAUCCACUGCAUGCACCCAUUCCCAUAAAGAGUGCAGCUGGACGAAGCUAAUUGUGUGGGAAUGAGGGGUGUAUUUUUCUUUUCUUCUCAGUCUCUCUCACUUAUGUAUAUACAUCCCUCCAUCCAUUCUCUGAGCCGCUUAUCCUCACAAGGGUCGCGGGCGUGCUGUAGCCUAUCCCAGCUAUCAUUGGGCAGGAGGCGGGGUACACCCUGAACUGGUUGCCAGCCAAUCGCAGCACUUAUGUAUAACGAAGGUGAUUUUUUUUUUCUUCCGCUUCACUAAGGAGUAACAAAUCAUGACGACUCAUGACUUUUUCCUCUCUUUGAAAAGAUUUGUUUCUUGCAAUAAAAACCCACUAAGACAA